UAAAUUUGAAUACUUUCCGUGACUAUAGCAUUAUAAUAAACAGAAUGUAGAAUGUACGAUAAGCUAUAAACAAGAUAAGAAAAUUCUGAAUUGUCAUUGGAAUACAAAUUCCAUCAUUGGUGGCACACAGAAUCAGUUCAUUUCUUUAGUACAACUUGUGACGUGCAUGGGUGUGAAGGACACACCUCCGUAAUGCUGAAAGUAAAAGCAGGAUAGGUUAAUAGGUUAUAGUUUAAAAUAAAAAUCCUUCAAAAGUCAUUCAUUACGUUUGCCAUAUAUUAAAAGGAUGAAUCACGAAGACUACGAAGGGCCCUUAAUUGGGGUGGUAGAUGCUGGUACAAGAACUGUAAAGUUUUGUGUAUUUCGUAGUGAGCACAUAAAGGAAAUAUGUAAACACACUAUUGAUAUUACCACUUAUACCCCACAAGAGGGAUGGUCAGAACAAGAUCCCAAAGAAAUAUUGAUUGCUGUGGAAAAAUGUAUGGAGGCAGUGGUAAAUAAGCUGGGAGACUCAGCAAAAAAUAUCGUCACUUUAGGAAUAACAAAUCAAAGAGAAACUACUAUUGUUUGGGAUAAAACUACAGGGGAACCUCUUCAUAAUGCUAUCGUAUGGAAUGACAUAAGGACCGACUCCACAGUAGAUAUCAUUUUGGCAAAGGUACCAGAAAACAAUACGAACUAUUUUAAACAUAACUGUGGUCUUCCAAUUUCUCCCUAUUUUAGUGCAUUCAAACUUAAGUGGCUUAUUCACUUCAUACCUCAAGUGAAAAAGGCAAUGAAAGCAAAGAAGUGCCUUUUUGGGACAGUUGACACAUGGAUAUUAUGGAAUUUAACAGGUGGUAUAAAUGGGGGAAAACACUUAACAGACGUCACAAACGCAUCUAGAACGUUUCUUAUGAACAUAGAACUCUUGAAUUGGGAUCCUUUGUUAUUGCACACUUUCAAAAUUCCCCUUGAGAUCCUUCCAGAGAUUAGAAGUAGCUCAGAGAUUUACGGAAAGGUUUCUCAGGGAAAACCAUUGGAGGGAGUUUAUAUAUCAGGGAUAUUGGGUAAUCAGCAAGCUUCAUUGGUGGGGCAAAGAUGUUUGAGUGAAGGACAGGCAAAAAAUACCUACAGAAGCGGAUGUUUUCUCUUGUAUAAUACAGGAACAUCAAGAGUUCAGUCUACUCAUGGGUUAGUCACGACUCUGGCAUAUAAAUUUGGAAGUGCUCCUCCUGUAUAUGCUCUAGAAGGUAGUGUGGCAGUGGCAGGUGCCGCCAUGAAGUGGCUGAGGGACAACAUGGGUUUCGUUAAAGAUGUUCAAAAGGAUACCGAAUCGCUUGCCCAGGAAGUGUUCAAUACAGGAGAUGUUUACUUUGUACCUGCUUUCAAGGGCCUGUAUGCUCCGUAUUGGAGGAAGGAUGCAAGAGGGAUUAUUUGCGGAUUGACAGCUUUUUCAACUAAACAACACAUUAUAAGAGCCGCCCUGGAAGCAGUAUGCUUCCAAACAAGAGAUAUCCUAGAAGCUAUGAAUAAAGAUUGCGGCAUACCUUUAUCAAAACUGCAUGUUGACGGAAAAAUGACUACUAAUAACCUUCUCAUGCAACUGCAGGCUGACAUAAGUGGAAUACCCGUAAUAAGAGCACAUUCUGAAGAUAUUACAGCUUUAGGCACGGCAAUGGCUGCAGGAGCUGCUGCUGGAAUUGAAAUUUGGGAUAUAAACUCUGAAGAAAGGGAGUUGGUGCCUAGCGACACAUUUUUGCCAACUUCAACCGAAAGUGAGAGGGAUGCCAGAUAUACUAAAUGGAAAAUGGCAGUCCAGAGAUCUCUUGGAUGGGCUGUAGCCAAAAAAACAUCUGUCAUGACAGAGGAACGGUACAAGUUAUUGGCAAGCAUACCUGGCAGUUUAUACUUGAUUGGCAGUUUUGGAAUGAUUGCUCUUUCAGAAUAUUUAAAAGCAAAUGACGGGGUCAAUUUGGGCUAGAUUGGUAGAAUGAAGAAAAACUCAUCGAUAAGUGAAAAUAUUCUCGAUACUGCUACAAAAACCCACCAUUUGAUAUUAUGACUUAACGAAAAAACAACAGUUUUUUAAAGAGGAUGCUAGUAAUGAGACUCGUUUAAUGAUUUUCAUGUGAACGACCGGCAGAUCAGCAUCUGGAAAUAUGCCUCGAACAAAUAAUUACCUAGUUUGUGCUAGUCAUCUGCUCUCAAGAUACCAGUGAAUAGUUCAGAGAAGAAAUAAUGUUUAUUUUACUGGCAUAGAAAUUAGCAAUAAUUUCGCAGUUUCAUCUUUCAAAAUAAUUUACAAAAGAUUAUCACUUACCUGAAGUAGAUUCGGAAAGAUGACAGCAAGCAAAGGUAAUUUAAAUAUAUUUACUGAACUAA